UCCUUCAUACAAGCAGUAAAUGAUGAAUACAUAAAAUCAAUUAUUUUUCUGAUUUUAAUUAUUUUUAACAAUUGUUUUUUGUUUUAUGCAAUUUUGGAGCUCUUUUUGGGCUUGCACAAGACUCGACCAAGUCGACUCAGAUUUUUCCCAUUACUUGGCUUGGCCAGAGGCCGAUCCCCGAGCCUGAGGCAAAUUUUUUAGCAUCGUUUUUGGGUGAUUUGGUCCAAAUCCUCAUUAGUGAGUGACUCUGAUCAAUCAUCUGCCAUUCCGAGUUGAAAAGGGAAAAUGGGCCCCAAGCUGAUUUUGUGUUUAUGUGGAAAAAAACUCAGGAACGUGGGGAUAAUUGGCGCAAUGAUGCUGUGCAUGGACAGGAUGCUUUUGUAAAAGUAGCAAGUGCAAUAUCAAGGUUCGAGCCUGUAAAUGUUUGUGCUAGUGCUUCUCAGUGGUCCAAUGCACGUGCUAAGCUGCCAAAAAAUGUUCGAGUGUUGGAGAUGAGUAUGAACGAUUCAUGGUUCAGGGACAUCGGACCCACUUUUGUUAUGUGUGACAAGCAAUCAAGUUCAGGGUACCAAGAGCACAGAGUUGCGGGGAUUGAUUGGAAUUUUAAUGGCUGGGGUGGUGCUCUCAACGGUUGCUAUAGUGAUUGGAGUCUUGAUCUCCUUGUGGCCCAAAAGAUUUUGGGAGUUGAGAGACUUCCCAGGUUUCCUCAUUCCAUUAUUCUUGAAGGUGGAAGUAUCCAUGUGGACGGUGAAGGCACUUGCAUUACAACUGAGGAAUGCCUAUUAAAUCCCAAUCGCAACCCAGAUUUGUCGAAGGAGCAGAUUGAGAAUGAACUGAAGGCUUAUCUUGGUGUUAGAAAAGUGAUUUGGUUGCCUCGAGGAUUGUAUGGUGAUGAUGAUACUAAUGGUCAUGUUGACAACAUGUGCUGCUUUGUAAAGCCUGGAGUUGUUGUUUUAGCGUGGACUGAUGAUGAACGCGAUCCUCAGUAUUCUCGCUCUGUUGAGGCUUAUACCAUUCUCACUAGUUCCACUGAUGGUUGUGGUAGAAACUUAGAAGUAAUAAAACUCCAUGUGCCUGAGCCUCUUUUUAUGACAGAGGAAGAAGAGAAGGGGAUUAAGGUCUCAAAUAUACCGACAGCUAUAUGCCUGUUAGAUUUGGGAAAACAGGGAGGGAUUUGUGAUAUUAGAGAAUCUUGCCAAUUUGCAUCAGUAUAUUAUCGCUGUGGAAAGAGCCUUGAUGGGAAACCCAGAACUGCCGGAACAAGACUGGCAGCCUCCUAUGUGAAUUUUUACAUCGCCAAUGGUGGGAUCAUUGCUCCUUCAUUUGGAGACAGGAAAUACGAUGAUGAAGCCUUCCAUGUUCUUUCUUCUGCCUUCCCAAAUCAUGAGGUUAUAAUGAUAGAGGGCGCAAGGGAAAUUUGUCUUGCUGGGGGGAACAUACAUUGCAUCACACAGCAGCAGCCAGCUUUCCCAAUUGUGAAGCUGUGCCAGAAACUGCAAAGGCCAGGUAAUCUUUACUGGAUGGUGGCAGAUGCAUUUACCAGAGAGAGAGAGAGAGAGCGCGAGAGAAGGGGGGAAGGGGGGCAAGUUGUACACUGGGAGCACAGUAUGAGGAGCAGAGUUGCAGAACCAGAUGUUAUAAAGUGCAUUGAGCAUCCAUUGUUUGAAAUACUGCCCUUUUAAGUAGAACCACUCUUUUGCUUUUCUUUUGUAAAGCACAAUUGUUAUGGCUAUCAAAGGGUCUAUAAUUGAUUUGAGCUGCCCUUGUAGGCAACAUUAAUGGAGAGGACGGAAGUGCUCUGAUUUUAAAUCAUUUUGGAAUCAAUCAAUGAAAGUAUGAUACAGACCA